AAUCUCCCAUUCUCAUUUGUGCAAUUUGAAAACUAGAAAUGAAAAAAGUUAAGAACUUGUAGUUUAGUACCCUUAUUUGAAAAUGAGAAUGAUUCCCAGUCAAAGCUGCUGUUACCUUCAGCAGACAAACUUUGACAAUGCGUUUUUUGUUUGAUAAAAAAUUAUGCAUGGUUGUUGAAACCUCUGACUUAGUUAAAAACUUUGACACUGUUGUUUUGGCGCCUACUACUAGCUCUUUCAAGGUGGGAUCUUUUGGGUCUACGAAUAACCCUUUUUUUACACUCCAAUUUCCCUUUUGUUUGGGUUCUUUCCAUUAAGAAAAUCAACCAAAUACCCCCUUAUUCAAGCACUUUAUUCUCCCUUUUUUCUCAUCUGGGUACAGUGAUUCUCUGUAAUUUGAGCAGUCUGUUUAUCUGGUUUAAGGAGUAUGCUACAAGGUUAGGGUUGGAAUUUUCGGGUUGGAGUGCCGGGCGUUUUGUGCUCGGAUAUUAUGGGACAACUGUGUUCAAAGAGUUUGAGAAUUGAGAAAGUGAAUGUAGAUGCUGAUCCAUAUGCAGUGGGUGGGGGUGUUCAGUCCAGUAAUUUGUGGACUUCUAGACAAGCUGAUUUGGGUGUAGAAUCGAAGCGUGGAAGCUUGGAAAAGCAGUUUCGUGAUCAAGAUGAUCAGCAACCUGAGGAGCUUUACUCGAAUCAUGUUCGCUGCAAUAAUAUUAGGGAGAGUGACCUUGAUGAUUAUUACGAUGGAAUUCCUCGUGUUCCGACAGCGUUAUCACAUAAGUCAAGAUCAAUGAGGUCUACUCAAGCUGCUGUCGCAAAGGUGUCUGAAGUGAGCGUACGUUUAGGCAGGGCUGGCACCAUGGGGCUUGAGAAGGCUGUUGAGGUCUUAGAUGUGCUUGGUAGUAGUGUCACUGACUUGAACUCAAGAAGUGGAUUUGCUUCAGGAGUUAUAUCAAGAGGAACUAAAAUCUCUAUUUUAGCUUUUGAAGUUGCGAAUACCAUCAUGAAGGGUGCUUGUCUUAUGCAUUCCCUGUCAGAGUCGCGUAUUUGCCAAUUAAAAGAAGAGGUUCUUCAUUCAGAAGCUGUACAAAAAUUAGUGUCCAAAGAUAUGGAUGAACUCCUGAGUAUUGUUGCUAGUGACAAGAGGGAAGAACUAGCUAUAUUUUCAGGAGAAGUCAUCCGCUUUGGGAAUCGCUGUAAAGACCCUCAAUGGCAUAACUUGGAUCGUUACUUUUUGAAACAAAGCCGAGAAGUUGGCCCUCGUAAGCAACUGAAGGAGGAUGCAGAGUCAGUGACGCAGCAAUUGUUAAUUUUGGUUCAGUAUACCGCUGAGCUAUACCAUGAGUUGCAUGCUUUGCAUAGAUUUGAGCAAGACUUCCAAGGGAAAUGCAGGGUAGAGGAACUUAAAAAGCAGAAGAAAUUAGUCAAGAAAUUAAAGAAAAGAUCACUUUGGAGCAGAAGUUUGGAAGAGAUAAUGGAGAAGCUCGUUGACGUUGUCCUUUUUCUGCAUACGGAAAUUCGUAAUAACUUUGAUAAUGAUGGGCAACCUGAAGAUGCUGUAGAAAAAGUUGAAGAUCCUGUAGGCAAAUCCCAACGGCUCGGACCAGCUGGUCUUGCUCUGCAUUAUGCAAACAUUAUAUUGCAAAUUGAUGGAAUUGUGGGUAGAUCAAGUUCCAUGCCUGCUAAUGCUCGGGAAUCGUUGUACCAAAGCCUUCCGCCAAGUAUAAAAUCAUCUUUGCGCUCCAAGCUGCAAUCAUUUCAUGUUAAAGAAGAGCUCAGUUUGCCAGAUAUUAAAGCUGAAAUGGAGAAAACGUUAGAGUGGCUUGUUCCAAUUGCUUCCAGCACUGUCAAGUCCCAUCAUGGUUUUGGUUGGGUUGGUGAAUGGGCAAAUUCUGGGUUUGAGGCAAGUGAUACAUCUGCUGAAAAAGCUGAUGUGAUCCGCAUUGAGACACUGUAUCAUGCUGAUAAAGCGAAGACGGAAGCUUACAUUACUGAUCAAUUGGUUUGGCUUCAUCAUUUGGUUUCCCAAUCAAGAAUAUCGAGCAUAAAUUUCAGUAUCAAGUCAGUUUCAAAACCCCCUGUUCCUUUACCCCCACGAAGAAAGCAGCAGGCCUCUGAAGUGGCAACUUGCAAUGAACUAUCUAAUGUACCGACUGCAGAAGAGCAUCAAAUAUUGAACGUCAAUGAUGUAGAGAAUCAAACACCCGAAUUCAGCAAGAGUCUGGAUCCUGAUGCUGUUAUAGGACAGGUGGAUAUAAUCAACCAAGUGAGUGUCAAAGGUUAAUUAAAUUAAUACGCGUCGUUUUGAUCUGGUUAGCCGAUUUUACAUAAUGCAAUUUGGUACUGUAACUGAUGACAAAAUUCCUUAUAGAGUUCACGCGUGGUUGAGGAGCUAGUAUAGUUAUAAUGUUGUAUACUGUGUUUUUGAGAAGAUGAAGCUAGUGGUAGUAUUUAUGGUCUUAUAUAGAGCACAAAGAUGGUAUUCAUUUUCUUUGCUAUCAGAUGUAAAGUUGCAUAUCUUACAUUACAUUAGAAAUGAUAAAUCAGUUGAGAUCUUCCUGAAAGGUGCUCUUCGGUUCCAA